AUGGUUGGAAGGAAAAAGGAGGGGGGAUGGUGGGAAGAAAGAAAAGGAAGAGAAGGAUGGUGGGAAGGAAGAAGAAAUGAGAGAAGGGAAAGAGGAAAUGGUGGGAAGAGAGAAGGAAAAAGAAGGAAUAAUGAGAAGGAAGGAGAAAAAGAGGAGAUGGAAGAGAGAAAGGAAAGAGAAGAUGAUGAGAAGAAAAAAGGAAAAGAGAUGAUAAUGAGAAGGAAGGAGAAAAAGAGGAGAUGGUGGAAAGUAGAAAUGGUAAGAGGAAAAAUAGUAAAAAGAGAGAAAGAAAAAAAGAAAAAUGAUGGAAAGAAAGAAGAAGGAAAGGAAAAUAAUGAAAAAGGAAAAGAGAAAAGGAGAGAAUGGUAA